GCGCACUUGGAUGACGUUUGCCCGCCAAGGUAGGCGUGGAAAACCACGCCUCUUCUCAGUCUGGUAGGUGACAUAAUGUCACAGGGGCUGUGAGUCACAUGGCGCGACCUAUGGAGAGUGAAAGUGUGCGUCCCCAUCAUGGAAGAGAUGUCUGACGAUCCAUAUAGUCUGUGAAUGCCAGGAAGACUCUCUUGUGUAAUACCAGAAACUCAGCUAAGCUGUUCCCUGCAUCACCCCACCCCUUUGAAUUCUGAUUCUAUUUACCACUGGGCUUCUGAGCUGAGAUUACCUGCAGGAUGAGUUGGAUCUUCCCUUCGUCUAAGAGCCCCAGACCUCUUCAACAACUUACAAGUUUGCAGCAGCAGAAACAGAGGCAGAUUGAGUCCCUUAAAGCUUCCCACAGCAGUAUUGCAGAAAUUCAGAAAGAUGUGGAAUACAGGCUGCCUUUUACGGUUCAAAACCUGACCAUCAACAUAAACAUUUUGCUUCCGCCGCAGUUUCCUCAAGAAAAACCUCACAUCAGUGUUUUCCCACCUAUUCACCAUCACCUAGUGGAUAAGCAAGGCAUGAAUGUCAUCUUUCCCCCUGUUAAUAAUUUUACGAUGCACUCUGAUCUUGGGAAAAUAGUACAGACUUUACUAGAAGAGUUUUGGAAAAAUCCCCCCACAUUGGCCCCUAGUUCUGGCUCCUUUCCUUAUUUGUUCAGCAAUCCUACAGGACCACACGUGUUCCCUCAUCCUGGGUUCCCGUAUCUUCCAUCAUACCCGGCGCAAGAAUCCAAUAGAUCUGUCCCAGAAGCUGUUCCUCCAGCCUACAACACUGCCAAAGCUGCUGCUCCUGCCUAUGGCUUAAUCACAGAUCUUCCCCUACCAGUCCCUACUUCUGACGUGGGUAUCAACGGCUUUACCUACACGAUGCCUGACAUCCCGGAAACUUUUUCCGAACUUCUAGAGCUAAGUGUCUCGCAGCUCUCAGAAAUGUCAGAUCAAGAGGAUUUAUUGUUGGAGCAGUUUGUGAAUCUUCCGCAGUUGAAACAGGUCAUUUCUGAUAAAGAAGAGUUAGUGAGGAACAUUGAGGAGAUGGCAAAAAGAAAUCUUCAGAUGGAGCCAAUUCUGGAAUUUAAACGACAAGCAAUACUAGACAAAUAUGAACAGCUGAUGCAGCUGAAGUCCUCAUUUGAGAAGAAGUUGCAACGACAACAUGAGUUGAGUGAGAGCUGCAGUUUGAGUGCUUUGCAGGCAAGAUUAAAGGUCAGAGCGCAUGAAUCUGAAGAAGAAUCUGACAAGAUUGCAGAUGAAUUCCUUGAGGGCAAAAUAGAAAUCGACGAGUUCCUCGUUAACUUCAUGGAGAAGAGAACGUGUUGCCACAGUAGAAAAGCCAAAGAAGAAAAGCUUCAGCAAGUAAUAUCACUACACAGCCAAUACCAAGCACCCUGAUAGAUUGUUCUUCAAAUGAUGGGCGGAGUGAUGAAACUGUAGCGCAACAGAAGCACUUUUUGUAUUUACAAAUGGAAAAAAAGUAGGAAGACUGAAAUCAUUAUAACCUGCUCACACUUUAAUAUUAAUAAGUGUUAAUUACAAAUCUAAUUUAUUUCCUGUUAUACUGAAAUGAUUUCUUGCACUGACAUUAAAUAAUCCAUUUAACACAAA